GACCCUGAUCUGCUAAAUAGUUCUAUGCAGUGUAUCCAGUAUUCUUUGAGAAACCAUGGGAUCCAGGACUGUCUACCUGUCUGUCUGUCUUCUGUUAGCUUUAAGUGCUUCAGUGGGAACCUAUCCUGUUGGAAAUACACGUUGUGGCGCCUGUUGGGCAGGAUGGACUGCCUUUGAAUGCAGAUGUUUCAAGUUCUUCAAUAACCGUCAAACCUGGAUUGAAGCCGAGAAAAUCUGUUUGGACUUUGAAGGGAACCUUGCUUCUGUACACAGCCAUGAGGAGUACAUUUUUUUACAGAACCUGAUUAGAUACGAAACUCAGGCCACAACGCGGACCUGGAUCGGAGGCCAUGAUGCUGUUUCUGAGGGAGCUUGGCUCUGGAGUGAUGGAACCAAAAUGGACUUUCAAAUAUGGUCACCUGGAAAUCCCAGUAACUAUGAAGGAUAUGAGCACUGCCUUGAGAUGAACUAUACAAAUGGCAACUGGAAUGAUCUCAAGUGUUCAGAAAUGUUGCCUUUUGUGUGUGCAAACUGAAGAAACAAGCUACUUUGACCGAUUUACUAUCCAUCAGAAAUGCUCAGUAGAUGUAAUAAAUCUGUAAAAAAAACAGUUAAUUUUGUUUGUUUGUUUUUGUAAAUGACAAGCUAAUGAAUCUUUCACACUAACACAAGUUAGAAUAAGUAAUUUGGCAUCCUAAAAUGCUGCAGUGCAAAUAAAUAAAUAAAUAAAUACAGUCACCAAAUAUAUUAAUUUUCAUGGACAGAUUAUGACACAGAUUAAAUGUCCCACUUGGCUGAAAUUGCGCUCUUUUUUUAUUUGAAAUAUUCCCAAAUGUGUUAAGUAUUGUCAGACCUGUGUGUACCUUUUGGACUGUUUUUUGUGUUGUUUUCCCAGUGUUCGCCCAUAUUUUCCUGUUCCUGUCCUAGUUAAUUACGUCAUUGUCUAUCAUGCAGACCUGUCCUGUUUUGAUUGGUUUGUUCUCUGUAUUUAGUUUGGUUGUUCCCCAGUGUCCUUGUUGGUGAUUGUAUUGUCAUUCCGUUCAUGUUCGUCGUGGUUGCUGGUUUCCUGCUGUUUCCCUGUGUUUGUUUUAUGUACGUUUUGGAGUAUCUGAAUAAACUGCACUUAGUUGGA